AUGGGUGUCACCCCAGCUACGCCGCGCCAAGGGGAUCGUCUCAAGGAGCCAUUCAGGCUUGCCGACAUUUGCAGCGCUCCGUGGCUCGGCUGGCUGUUCGUCUACGCCAGUGUGCUCCUCUUCUUCUUCGGCCAUCGAUGCAUCGCCCUUAAGUCGCUCAUCGCCAUGUACGGCAGCUCCAAGGACCACACGGGUGGCGCGGAAGUGGCAGCGAUGAGUCUCGGGUUUCUGCAGGAUUUCGUGUGCGCCACCUACUUCGCCAGUAUCCUGUGGUUGUUUGAUACGUUAAAGCACGCCGCCCUCAGCUGGGCGGACUCGGAGAAUACCAAGCACAAGUGCGUGACGACACCAAGAGUGUGGACGAUCACCACGUUCCUGACGUCAUGGCUGCUUUUAUUCGCCAUGAUGACCCCGUUCGUGGCAGAUCUACUGCUGGUGCAGCUGCGAUCCAUGCGCUUCACGUUCGACCUCAUCACGAUGGCCAUCAACGAGAGGAACUACGUCAGCGCCGCCCCCAUAUCCAGCGACGAGUACACGGAAGGCUUGAUGAGCGCGGCCUCCCUCGCGGUCAUGGCGACGUUCUUCGCCAUUGUGCGGACGUGGACGCGCUGGUGCAACUUGACACGCUGGAACCCAACACAUCUAUUCAUCAUGGGCAAUCAACCAGGCGACGUUAAAGUCAACACUGUUAAAGGCGUCAAGUACGUGGAACUCUCACUCGAAGAAGGCUCUUUCCCCCAAAGUCCGGCCUCUGGAAAGUACCUACGAGACUUGAUCCACCAAAGCGUAUCCUUCCGCCGCGUGUUGCAAGCUGCUGUCGCCUGCACGGGUCUUAUCAUCAUCCCCAUUGUCACUGUCUCUCUGAGUUCUGCGUGCUCUCCUCGUGUCGCUUACACUGCCAUGAACGCGACUCUGAACGAGCUUUUUGGACAUGCUCUGCAGCCCAGCGCAAAGGGCGCCAGCUCUGCUGGAGCAAACUCGAACCUGCCUCCAAUCGAGACGAACAUCCACUCAACGGAGCAGUACAAACCUUUCGGGAAGAACUCGCUUUAUAGGCGAACUACCGGUUUCCAGGGCGAUCUGGCGUUCAAUAUCAACGUUACGCCAGAAAACCCGCCCAACGUUCUCGUCAUCGGUGUCGAGUCGUUCCGGUGGCACGACUCACGCUACCUGGUGGGAGACGAAGACCCUGCCAAGUUGUUCAAAGGUGCGAACAUGACCAUUACGCCGAACUUUAAUCGGUGGGCGAAGCGUGGAGUUGCGCUGCGCAAUAUGUGGUCAAGCAACCCAACCAGUCGAUCCUUGGAGAGUAUGCUGUUCGCACAGACUCCCUACGACAGUCCCGUCAAAACGGGCAUCACCGGAGGCAGAAAAAAUACCAAGCUGGCGGGUCUACCUCAGUUCUUCAAGGCUAAAGGGUACGAGACGUACUUCACCACUGGAUGCGCCACAGACUUUGAAAACUGGAACGUCUUUCUACCGAGUCACGGCUUCGACACUGUCUGGAGCAAGAACGAUAUAGCGGAAUGGGCGGAGAAAGAUUUGGGUAUCACGCACGACGAUUGGUACGGGGACGAGCAUCGAGGGUUCACGUGGGGGGUUCAUGAUGAUCUCAACCUGCAGAUUCUGGGUAAUCUACUCGUGAACAAGACGAAGGAGCAGAGCGAGCGUGUGGCCAACGGUGAGGCUAAGCAGCCGCUGUUCAUCACUCACUACACGAUCUCCAGCCACGCACCGUUCGACGCGCGUCCGACGUGGUACGCUGAGGCGGAAAAGCCCGACUUCUCGGCACUCUACGAAGGUGAAAAGUACGCCGGAAGUAUCAAGAGCUACCUGGAGAUGCGGCAUUUCACCGACGUGGAGCUGGGGAAAUUCAUGGAUCGCAUGGCCGCUGCAGGGGUUCUGAACGACACCAUUGUCGUCAUCAUGGGCGAUCACGGACAAGCUCCCGAAGCGGAUUCAAUCCACAGGGACGAGUUGUCAGUAACUCGAGUGGCAGCAGCUAUCGUUGCUGAAGGGCGGCUGGGCAAUGCUACGGGACUUGUGAUCGAAGACGCAGUCGAGCAGUACGAUAUUCUCAACACAUUGGCGGAUAUCACGGGCGUACCAGAUGGAGGCUUUGAGCAAAACGGAGUUGGCCGCUCGCUUAAGCGCAAGGUGCGCUUUGGUGACCGAGGCGUCUUCAGUAACGUCCCGGGGUAUAAGAUGUCGGUGGUUCGUGGUAACCUGCGCCUGCGCUUUGAUAGCAUUACGGACUGGAUGCAGCUACAUAACACGGAAACGGAUCACGAUAUGCAGGUGGAUCUGUUUUCAGAGCAGUCGCCCAAAGCCCAAGCCGAGUGGCUGGCUUGGCGCGACGAGGGCCGCCGGAUCUCUGCAUACUACACGAAGCGGUGGGAUGGAAACUGCUUUCUUGCUGUCGAUUGCGAUUGA